AGAGAGACCGUCCUCCUCAGUCAACACUGCUGUAAUGAGCUGGAGACAGAAAUAAACGUGGACUAUAAUAUAUAUAUAUUUAGUGAAAGUUUAUUUUAAGAGCAGCUAUGGAUAUCGCGCUGUACCUGAUAGCAGCUGCUAUCCUCAUUGUCCUCAUUGUGUUUGCGGUGAAAGUGCGAAGCAGAACACAGGAAGCUGAUGAGGAGCACCAGAGGGAUGUUAUCCGAGCAGCAGGGCCCCCACAGCGAGCAGCAGAGGAGCGAGGAGCCGGCAUGCCUCGCAGGAGGAGGAACCUGGCCUCGGUGAUGGCUAACAGGCGACCACAGAGAGAAGCUGUAGAACAAGAGGAGGAACAUGUGGAGGAAGAAGACGUGGAGCAGCAGAGCUUCCAGCCGCAAGCAAAAGUUGGAGCAAAGAAGCAGAGGAAGCUGGAGGAGAAACAGGCCAAGAAAGCCCAGCGAGAGGCUGAGAUGGAGGAGAGGGAGGAGAGGAAGAGGAUGCAGGAGCUCAGAGAGCAGGAGAGACGCCAGGAGGACGAGAGAGAACGAAAGCUGGAACAGAAACAGGAGGAGGAGGCGCGUCGAGCCAAAGAGGAGCAAGAAAAACGGGAGGAAGAGGAAUACUUACGACUCAAAGCCUCCUUCAUCAUAGAGGACCAGGGAGAGGAGGAGCAGCUUACAGAGGACCAGUCUCGCAACCUGCUGCAAGACUUCAUCAACUACAUCGAGACCUCUAAGGUGGUUCUCCUUGAGGACUUGGCUUCUCAUUUUGGGAUGAGGACACAGGACGCGAUUGCCAGACUGCAGGACUUGUUAGCUGACGGCUCCCUCACAGGAGUGAUCGAUGACAGAGGGAAGUUUAUCUCCAUCACUCCAGAGGAGCUGGACUCAGUGGCUAACUUCAUGAGACAGAGAGGCAGAGUGUCCAUCACAGAGCUGGCUCAGGCCAGUAACUCUCUCAUCAACCUGAUGCCUGAAAGCCGCAGCACCGCCUGAUGGACACCGUCUACUGCAGGACACCUGAAUGACACCCUUCAUGAGACCGCUGAUGUGGAAUAUAAUCUGUGGGAUGAUUGCACCCCCGGCCAGUGAAGAGCACAUACUGGACUGUGAUCUGCUAAGUGAUGUCAGGUGAUGUUAUUAUCUGCUGUGCUUUAUCGUGACAUCCUGGCUCAGUGGACUUUAUUCACCAGUAGGUGUCACACUUAUACAGAUUAGGACAUGUGCCUGAUUCACCUAAAAUUUGAACAUUCAGUAACUGCUGAGUAUGAUAUUAAAUUAACAAGCCUACCAACAUGAAAAACUGUGCAACUAAGCAUUGGAAAAAAGUAAAAAUGUAAAAUUUGGGGAAAGAAAUACAUUUAAGAUUAA